ACAUUCCAAGUUAGUUUUACUAUAUAAUGUAUCACAUAGAUUCAAAAUCAAGCAAACCCAAAUACGUUCUUUAGCUUUGAUUUCCUCUCCUUUUUCUUCCAAGCACAUAACAAGAUAGACUUCUAGUUUACUUCAAUUUUUCAAUGGAUACAUCCCAUAUACAUGCUUAUGUAAACUUCACCUGCGAGCUAAGAAUAAUACAAGCACGAAACAUUGAAUUCAUCAAGUCCACCAAAAACUUGUUUGCCAGGAUUUAUCUUCCAAUAGGAAACAACAAAAGAAUUCAACUCAACAGCAAAAAUGUUUCUGCCAAAUUAGAACCCUUUUGGGACGAAUCUUUUAAUCUAGAUUGCUCUUGUCCCCAAGAGAUCUUGGAAAACCUUAAUCAACAAACCCUGGUAUUGGAGCUAAGGCAGAAGAAGAUGUGGGGCUCACAACUUAUUGGAAAAGGUGAAAUUCCAUGGAAGGUGAUUCUUCAAUCACAAAACAUGGAGUUAAAAAAAUGGUUGAAAAUGGAUUUGAAGAGUGGAAGUGAUAGCAAAGAAGUUAUGUUGACAACACCAGAAGUGGAAGUAGAGAUUAAAGUAAAAGUGUGUUCGGUUGCUGAGAUGGAGAAGCAAAAUAACAAGAGGUUUAAUAAUUGGAAUGACUGUGGAUGUAAAAAUGGACAUGAUCAUAAUACUUGGUGUAACGCUGAAGAUUGUGAUAUAUUUGCGCUUGGUGCGGCUUUGGAGGCUUUUUGAUUUUGUUGCAAGAAUAUGCUAUGGACAUAUAUGAACUAACAUCAACUAAUUUUUGUAUCACUAUAGUUUUUUUUUUUACAAUUAUAAUGGAUAUUGAUU